AUGACAGCCUCAGAUGAGCAGAAAGAUAAAAGCACCCGAAGGCUGUUUGCCAUUCUGAGAUCAAAUCGAUUCACCGUCACCAAAGUUGACACUUCGCCAACGGAGUCAGCAGCUUCAGAGAGCCCAGCGACGGACUCCCCCAUCUCGGUUCACGAAGCUACCAAGCAUGGACUGAGAGUCCGACUGACUCGGAGUGGCUCCAAGCUCUUAUUCUUAUUCGGACUGCGAGACUCUUUCACAAGCACCAAGACAUCGAGCACAGAACCUGGAUCACCGACGACGCCUCAAAGCACGAAUGAAGUCUCGGUGUCAUCACCAAAUGAUACGGAAAGGGAUGGCUUGGCUGACACUUCUUCUGCACAAAGCCAUUCACUGGCUUCCUCAUCUUCUCCCAUUCUCGCGCCUAAUGUGGUUGAUCCUGCGCCGGGAUUACCGCCUGCCGCCGGCAACAAACCGGGAACUGAAGCCUCCCAACCCCCUGAGAGGACUGGUGUGCAGCAGGAAAUUGCUACCGACGAUGGUAACCGCAUCAUUCUGAGAGAGCCUCCAAAUACGACCAGCUCGAAGCUCGAUCGACUCUCGCAGAAGAUCUCCUCGUCGUUUAACCACCCAACGGUGAUCCGCCGUGGCAAUCUGCGAAAUCGACCCAGUGUUCUUGUCCUCGACUUUGCUGCUCCCAAUUUGUGCAAGCAGGGUGACGCCGCGAAUGAUAUAUCGAAUCCGUCCACCACCCCGAGCAGCAAUGGCUCUCCUCUCAGCGGCCAGUCCACGUCUCCAACUUCUGGAGAGCCGUCUCCUUCGCCGGAAAGAUCUAAGCCGUUCAGUGAACAAGGCCCUAGACCGACGGACUGGGGCUCUUUGUCAAGUCGCAACGUGGAUGUGAAGUUGGCGCCUGCUACUAUCACGCCGCCGAACACCUCCCCGUCUGUCUGGACUGCGGAAGCGACUGCAGCAGCAAAGAUAUUUUUCGAGGUCCAUUUCGAUUCGCUUCUUGCGAACGUGAACGCUCGCUCUCAGCGUCAGCAAGAACUGGAGGACCACAUCUAUACGAACCAGCUCACGUUCGAGGAGCAGAUGGUGGCAAGGCACAAUUGGGUCAUGCAGGAGAAUGAGCAUCUUCGUCGGUGCCGUGCUCUCAAAAGCACGCUUUGCUGUCCCCAAAGCGCAAAUACUGUCUCGAAGGCUGGAUACGUGGCGAUCAAGGUCCUCGGCAAGGGAAGCUUUGGUGUGGUGCGUUUGAUUAGGGAGAAAGACAGUCCAAACACACCAUCUGAGGAUGGAGAGUUGCUGCUCACGAAUGACAACAGUGCCAGCGUGAGAAAUAGGCAUAUGGGCAUGUUGCGACCCGCGCUGGGUGGCUCUAAGCGCAGCCGGCGCCGGUAUAUGACCGGGGAGCGGAAGGUGGUGUAUGCGAUGAAGGUCAUUCGGAAGUCGGAGAUGAUCCGCAACUGUCAAGAGGGACACGUUCGUGCAGAGAGAGACUUUAUGGUGACUUCUGCAAAGUCUCGCUGGAUCGUUCCCCUGAUCGCCAGUUUCCAGGAUGCCAACAAUCUGUAUCUUGUCAUGGAUUUCAUGGUGGGCGGCGACUUCUUAGGGCUGUUGAUCCGUCAUGAUAUCCUCAAUGAGGACUGCACACGGUGGUAUGUUGCUGAAAUGAUCAUGUGUAUCGAGGAGGCGCAUAAACUUGGUUGGAUUCACCGCGAUAUCAAGCCCGACAAUUUUCUCAUCUCGCCUUCGGGACACUUGAAGAUUUCCGACUUCGGACUAGCCUUCAAUGGACAUUGGUCGCACGAUCAAGUAUACUAUGCCGUCCAGCGCUAUUCACUUCUGGACAAACUCGGCAUUCGGAUCGAGGGCGAUGACGAAGAUCAAAAGGAGUCUGCUAAAGUGAAAGAAUCAUCCCCUUCCAACACCAAUAAACCGGGUCUCAAACAUGGCCGGGCGCUGACUGCCGGUCUACCGGACUUGCAAGAUAUCAAGGAUAAAAGACGACUUGCGAAGAGUGUUGUAGGGACCAGUCAGUACAUGGCGCCUGAAGUCAUCCGGGGCGAGGUAUACGACGGGCGCUGUGACUGGUGGAGUGUGGGCAUCAUAUUGUAUGAGUGCCUCUACGGCUUUACUCCUUUUGCCUGCGAAAGCCGUCAUGACACCAAGAUCAAGAUCCUCCACCAUGUCCGAACCUUGAACUUCCCAAGAGAGAGACCACACGAAAGACUGGUAUCUCAGGAAGCCAUUGAUGUCAUGUGCCAGAUACUGCAAGAGCGCGAGUUCCGCCUGUGCUCUCGAAGAUACCAUGCCAACGACUUUCUGGAUUCCCGAGCAGUCCCAGUGCAUUACCUCUACUCCACGGACCUUCAAUACCGAAGCAAUAAGCGGAGCUACGUUUACCCCAACGACGCAGGCCCUAUCAAGACCCAUCCGUUUUUCAGAGGCAUCCCGUGGGAAGAGAUCCAUCGUCUGCGGCCGCCGAUGGUCCCCAAAGUGAGAAAUUGGGAAGAUACCCGGUACUUUGACGACUGGAAAUCCGUCGUCGGUGGACUUGACGAUCUUUCGGACACAAGCAAGGCAAAUAACGCUGCAAAACAUGCUACUCCAGUGUCUCAAGAACCCAGCUCGACAACAACCUCCCUAGAAGCUCACGCAUCGGAGGAGGAGGAUGCCGCGGAAGAAGAUGCCGCGGAGCAACAACAACUAGCAGUUCGCAAAAUGAAAGACGAUGAGAAAAAGAAGAAGGAAAAGAAACGGGCCCGCGAUGUGAUGCUUCGCGAUAAGGAGAUCGGGAAGACAGUCUUGGAAAUGCGAAAGAAGAGCGCGUUUCUGGGAUAUACUUAUCACAGACCCAGAGCCCCGGCUGUUGCGUUCAGCACUGAGCGCGGACGUCAGCCGCUGAACAGAGGGCAGUUGGCCGAUCUGUAUGCGUCGUGA